AUGCGCUCUCUUCUCCGCACCAACCUUGAGAAGCUUGGCAGCAAGCACGACUGGUCUCACAUCACCAGCCAGAUCGGCAUGUUCGCCUACACUGGCCUGAAGCCCGAGCAGAUGGACACCCUUGCCAAGGAGCACUCCGUCUACGCUACCAAGGACGGCCGUAUCUCCGUCGCUGGUAUCACCUCCGGCAACGUCGAGAGACUCGCCGAGUCCAUCUUCAAGGUUACCGGCUAA